UUCUUGCAACAGAGUAUACAGUAUGCGUCCUCCUUUACCCCCUUUUGUUUUUGUUUGGUGUUUGUCGCUACGGCGUCCUGUUACGGAUCGUGCGCACACGCCCGCAGUGGCGAAAGAACACGUUUUCCUCUUCUAACGGGAGGUGGGGCUUUUGGACGCAGAGGCUGUUUCAAAACUUUGUGCAGGAGUACAGCACCCCUCACCUUCAUACUUAGCGCUGCUCCCCUGGAGGGAUAACACGCUGCUGGACGUGAGGAACCCAAAGCACGCGAUAGAAGCUUAACUGUUUUUAUUUGCGCCUGAAUUGUGUGCGCGUUUAUUGGCAGGUUGUAGAGGAUAAACCGAAGAGGAUAAAUCCAACUGGACUGAAUUUCAGAGUUAAAGUCGCAAAGUCACAAUGAGGGCGAUUAAUCUGGACACCUACAGCCUCUCUCUGCUCACUGCCAAAGAGGACAUUCUGAACCCUCGAUCAUCAACCAAUUGGGCCUUGUUCACAUACGACGGGUUCAACAACAACCUCAAACUGUCAGACUCGGGAGCGGGUGGAGUGUCUGAGCUGGUGGGGAAGUUCCAUCCUCAACGGCCGCUGUACGGGCUGUGCCGGGUGGGUGCGGACGGGCCGGGACAGUCCCGCAUCGUCAUGGUCAUCUGGGUGGGUGAAGGGGUGGAUGAAUACCGCAGAGCGGAAUGUGCCAGCCAUGUCCCUGCAGUCAAGGCUUUCUUCAAGGAGGCCCACGUUUUUGUAAGUGCCAGGAGGCCAGAGGAGGUGAGCGAGGAGAGAAUCAGAGCCAUCAUCAGCAAGAUCGGCGCACCGUCGGAGAGAGUGCGGAGGAGCUCUCAGCCAGCGGACAAAGAGGAGACAGUGGGAACCAAUUACAGAAGGACAAUCGCUGCCAUGGAGAUGCGGAGGAUCAACAGAGACUCCUUCUGGGCACGUGCAGAGAAAGAGGAGGAGGAGAGGAAAGAAGAGGAGCGUCGGCGGGCCAUGGAGGACCGGCGGAGGAGGGAAAGAGAGAGAAUCCAGCAGGAACGCAAAGAGGCAGAGGAGAGAGACAGGAAGAUGAAGGAGAAAGAGGAGAUGAUUCAGGAGCAGAGGAGAAUACAGGCCAAGAUGGAGGCAGAGGCGCGGAAACAGGAGAAACUGAGAUGGGAGCAGCAGCAGAGAGAGCAUGAGGAGGAGAUGAGAGCUCGUUUCCGUCACAGUGAGUCAAUCGAGAAGGCAGCGGAGGCAGCAGUGCUUGUGUCUCAGCGCUCCAUGAAUCCACGGGAGUUCUUCCGACAGCUGUCAUCUUCAUCAUCCCGCAUUCCUACUAGUCCCAGCUCCCCCCGAACAGUCAGGCCUCCAUUCCGACGUUACCAGCGCAGCCUGACUGACACGGCGUUCAUCUUUGGGAGGUCGGACUCAUCCACGCCCACCUCUCCCCGCAGUCCAACAGUAGUUUCUCCCUUCAGCCCCGCCCCCACCUCCCCUGUCCACAGGUCUCUGUCACCCCCCAGCCCGGGCCGUUCCGACCCCACUUUCCGGCCUAUCACCUCCCCCCAACCCCCUGCUGCUUCUGUGGCAUCCCCUCCUCUGCCCGCCCCCUUCCAGACCCCUCCCAUCCCCACCCUGUACUCUCCCCCUGCCUCCCCAGGCUUCAUCGCCAGCGUCUCCAAAACCCAGCCCCUCCCUGUCUGCUCAUCCACCCCCCUGGACUCCUCUCCUCCUCCAGAGGCUCCCUCCAUGCCCCUCCCUGAACUCCCAGCGGCCUACCCACUGCAGGCUGUCCCAGAGCCAGAAGAGUCCCGCUCACCAUCCCACAGACGGAGCGACCUGGAGGUCCAGGCCAUGCAUGUAAGUGCUGAGAUCAUCCCAGAGGUUGAAGAAGAGGAAGAGGAGGAGCAGGAGGAGGAGGUGGAGGAGAAGAAAGAAGAGGAAGAGGAGGGAGAGGAGAACAAAGAGGAGGAGGGGGAGGAGGAGGAGGAGGAGGAGGAGACAGCCAUUCUGGAAGCAGAAGCCCCAGACAUCACAGAGGCUGCCACAGAUUCAAUGGCAGAGGAGGGUCCAGCUGCAGGGGACAGCCAGCUCUCAGACACAGUGCCCCCAGCAAGCAGCCUUGCUGUGGAAGAGACAGUCCCUGCUCUGGACCCCACGGCAUCAGAAAAGCCAGACAUCCAAUCAGAGAAGGAGCCUGAAGGAGAGCCCUCAAUGGAAGGUGGAGAUGAGGAGGAGGGAGAGGAAGAGGAAGCGGGCCAAUCAGACUCAGCACCCCAGGCUGAGCCCCCUGCACCAGCAGAGCAGCCAAGUCUGACUGGACAUACUGAAGAAGGGGAGGAAGCAGGUGCCACAGGUGAGGCCGUAGAUACAGACGUGCCCGAGUCCACACCUCAGGAACCAACACUGCAGUCAGCCAAUGGAAUGAGAGCUGAAGAAGUGGGGAGGGAAGAAGUUGAAGUAUCGUUGGAACGUAAUGGCACAGGAGAAUCUAUCACCCCUUCUGACCAGGACCAGAUCUCUAAGGUGAUGCCCCAUUCCACAAGGCAUGAUGGGAUGGAGGAGGACUCCGGUAUGGAGACAGCAGCAGAGGAGAGGGCAGAGAAUGGAGAGCAGUCCUCCCUACACACAGAUGUACCACUGUGUGUGAGAGUACUGUAUGACUACCAAGCAGAGGAUGAAUCAGAGCUCUCCUUAGAGCCCGGGGACAUCAUCAGCGCUGUGGAAACCGUGGACAAGGCCUGGUGGAGGGGCUACAGCAAAGAUGGCCGCCAGGGACUCUUCCCAGCAAACUACGUGGAGACCAUCUAGGGAGGAGGCCUUCGUGAGCCACCAGCCCACAGAGAGACAGACGCAGACAGGAAGACACCCAGACAUUGUCACACACAAACACACAUUCACAGCAAGGCUCCCUUAGGGCCUUGGAACUUCUCCAUGCAAUGGGAAGUCCACAGCACUGAGGAGAGGCUUUUGCGACCACAAGCGCGAUGCCUUAAUGUAAAAGUAACAGCACGGGUCACCACAAAGGUAUGCCACAUCUGAAGACAACUAACCAGCAGUGAGAGGAGGACCAAAAGAGAAGCACAUCUUCCCCUCUGGUGUGACAAUAUUUCAGCUGCAGAGGACAGGACCUCACUGUCAUAUGGUCAGCACACCAAAGGACAUAAUAUCUCACCUGCUUAGUAAUAUGUAAUUGAGUACUGGUGCAUAAAGGCCCUUUGAUUUUCACUUCCUGUUUUUUUCUUCUUUAUUCUGGCUGAUGUAAUGAAAGUUUGGUUCACCUCCUGGGGACUGAAUGCUGUAUUCUCUGUUUUUUUUUGUAAAUCAGGAUGUGAUCUAGCGCGAAAUACUGUGUGUGCUGUGAUAGUGUGUUUGCGUUUAUGCCCAAUUAACCUGACGCAAUAUAUAAGUAGCACUGGCGAGGAUGCUCUUUUGAAUCUUGGUAUUCAGCCCUGCCCCGUAGAAUGUGUUUGAUCGCAUUCUUUCAGGACCAAAGUUGUGAAGUCCCCCCCCAAAUCCACCUUGUAAUUGAAAAUACAUCACUACAUGUUAUGUUGUUGAUUUCCCGUUGUGUGCAUCUAUACAUUAACAGGUUUUACUGGUCUGUCCUCCCCUGGCUCACUCCCAUUUUAUAACUUCAGCUCCUGUCAUUAUGGAAUCACAUCUUCUCAAAGCAGACAGCUAUUUUCAGAGAGAAAGAGACACCAAAUAACUCAAAUGGCUGCCCUCAAGGAAAUGAUGGCAAGGAAGAUAUCAAGUUUUACUUGAUGCCUACAGUACACUAUAGUCU